GUCCAAAAAUUCAGAGCCAUUUUCAUUCAGCACAUUGAAAGGAUUCUCUGCAUUGCAUGGGGAUUAUAAAACAUUCCCGGGGCAAUUAAGCGCAUAUCACAGUAUUUGAAUUGAAUAGAAUUCUUUCGUUUUUUGGAAGCACAAAGAUAUACAUUUUAUUCGUAUUUCUCAUAGAUUUGACAUCAGGAAUGAGUAUAGAAAUUCCUGAAGGAUUGACGGAGCUGUUGCAGAGCUUUACCGUGGAAGUGCUGAGGAAUCAGCCGGGAGAUUUGCUCGAGUUCGCUUUGCAGUAUUUCACCCAACUGAAGGACAGUGAAACCAGAGGAGCCGCGUUUGGCAAUGACCAAAAUUCGGCCACGAGACUCAGUGGGAAAGCGGUCAAUUUCAUCGAGGAAGCCAUGCAGAUUGAUUCUGAAAAUGGAGAGGAGGAGAGUGACGACGAGGAAUUCAUAGCUCCUGUGAUGAGUCGAUUCAUUAGAAGAGCUUCAGUGUGUGCCGAGGCAUUCAACCCUGAUGAAGACGAGGAGGACAAAGAGCAGAAGGUCACCCACCCUAAAACAGAUGAGCAGAGGCAGAGACUACAGGAGGCCUGCAGAGAUAUCCUCCUGUUUAAAAACCUGGACCCGGAACAAUUUUCCCAAGUACUUGAUGCCAUGUUUGAGAAGUUCUUUGAGGUAGGAGAGCACAUCAUAGAUCAAGAUGAUGAUGGGGAUAACUUCUACGUCAUUGAAAGAGGGAUAUUUGACAUCUGCAUGAGGGUUGAUGGCGUAGAGAAGACUGUGGGAGCCUAUGAUAACCGGGGGAGCUUUGGGGAGCUGGCCCUGAUGUACAACACCCCCAGGGCUGCUACCAUCAUCGCCACAUCGCCCGGCGCUCUCUGGUGCCUGGAUCGUCUGACAUUCAGGAGGAUCAUUGUAAAGAACAACGCGUUGAAGAGGAGACUUUAUGAGGAGUUCAUUGAAUCACUUCCAUUCCUUACAUCAUUAGAGCUUUCAGAGAGAAUGAAAGUAGUGGACGUGCUGUCUUCUAAAGCUUUCAGCGAUGAAGAACAGAUCAUCACUCAGGGUGAUCAAGCAGAUUGUUUUUAUAUAGUUGAAUCUGGUCAAGUUAGAAUCACAAUGAAGAGAAGCAGGACGAAAAAAGACAGAGAGGAUGAGGAGGUGGAUAUAGCCACGUGCUCUAGAGGGCAGUACUUUGGAGAACUGGCUCUGGUCACGAACAAACCCAGAGCUGCUUCAGCUUAUGCUGUGGGAAGUGUUAAAUGUUUAGUUAUGGACGUCCAGGCGUUUGAGAGGUUGCUGGGCCCCUGCAUGGACAUCAUGAAGAGAAACAUUGCAAAUUACGAACAGCAGCUGGUCACGUUGUUUGGAAAUAGCACCACUGACAUUGAGGAGAAAACCCAAUGAAAACCAGAAAGGGAAAAAAGACUAAGUGAGAUGCACUAUGAUGAUGAAGAUGUGAGAAACCAGGGUAACACUUUACUUGACACCCAGCAUCAUAACACGUUAUGACACGGUCAUAACCAUGUCAUAAUAUGUCAUAAAAGCUGACAUAACAUGUCAUAACACUGUCUUGACCCAUAUAUUUACACCUGUUGUGACAUAUAUUGCGUUAUUUUAUGGCUGGUUAUGAUACCUGUUUUUUCC